CCCUGACGCCCAGCUGUCACGCCGCCGAGCCUCGCCGAUCAAGAAGCACAGCGCUCGCUCGCAGCGCUGCUUCGCUCGCGACCACCACUCACGCCUCUGUCACGCUCCAGCAUACCCCUCUCUGGCUUCUCCUCAUAGACUGCAUCACGCGCGCCCGGCACUACAGCCCGAUAGACCGGCCAAGAGACCUGCCGCGCUUGUCGGGCUCAGACCCGUUCCGCCGCUCGAGCACAACCGCGCCGCUGCUCGUCGAGGCUCAGCAAAGGCGAACUUCGGCUGGCCAAGGCGCUCCGUGCUGCCUACGCGGCCGAGCGCUUCGCCUCGCGGCCUGCUCGUCGCGCCCGGCCUCAGGCCGCCACCUGCGCCGCUCGCGCGCUCCGGGCCACGUGUUGCUCUCGCCGCUGCCAGCGCCCUGGCCUAGAGCAUCAUGGCGGACUCGGGCAACAUCAAGGUCGUCGUGCGAUGUCGGCCGAUGAACUCGCGAGAACGAGCGCGCGGCGCCUCGCCGCUCGUGCAGUUCACCGGCGACUCGCACCAGCUGGUGCUGAACCCGCCCGGCGAGGGCGACACGCGCGAGACGAAUGCUGCGGGCGGCAGCAAGGCGACGCGCAAGAAGGCCAUGCCGUUCUCGUUUGAUCGUGCCUACGACGAGAACACGGAGCAGCACGAGCUGUUUGACUACGUCGGCCUCGAUGUGUUGAAACAUGCCUGGGAGGGCUUCAACACCUGUGUCUUUGCCUACGGCCAGACGGGCUCGGGCAAGUCGCACAGCAUGGUCGGCUAUGCGGCCGCCAAGGGCUUGAUACCGCUCACGUGCUCGCAGCUCUUCACCGACGCGACGGACAAGAUGGCCGCCGACGCGGAUCUGAGCAUCACCGUCGAGGUGUCGUACAUCGAGAUCUACAAUGAGAAGGUUCGCGAUCUGCUGAAUCCGAAGAACAAGGGCAACCUCAAGGUGCGAGAGCACCCCAGUCUGGGCCCUUACGUCGAGGACCUCAGCCGCUUGGCGGUGGCGACCUUUGCGGACGUCGAGCACCUCAUGGACGAGGGCAACAAGGCGCGCACGGUCGCGGCGACGAACAUGAACGAGACGAGCAGUCGCUCCCACGCCGUCUUUACCCUCGUCGUCACGCAGAAGAAGCUCGACCGCGCGUCGAAUCUGUGUGCCGAGAAGGUGUCGCGCAUCAGCUUGGUCGACCUGGCGGGCUCAGAGCGCGCCAACAGCACCGGCGCCACGGGCUCGCGGCUCAAGGAAGGCGCCAACAUCAACCGUUCGCUCACGACGCUCGGCAAAGUCAUUGCCGCGCUGGCAGCAGCCAGCGCCGAGCCGGCACGCGGCGCCAAGAAGAAGACGGCGCUGGAGAACUUUGUGCCGUACCGAGACUCGGUGCUGACGUGGCUGCUGAAGGACUCGCUGGGCGGGAAUAGCAAGACGGCCAUGAUUGCGGCCAUCUCGCCCGCCGACUACGACGAGACCCUCAGUACGCUGCGCUACGCCGACUCGGCGAAGAAGAUCAAGAACAAGGCCGUCGUCAAUGAGGACCCCAACGCCAAGCUCAUCCGCGAGCUCAAGGAGGAGCUUGAGAUGCUGCGAGCGCGCGCGGCUGUCGGCGGGGGCGGCGGCGACGAGGGCGAGUCGACGUGGGACCCCACGGCGCCGCCAGAGAAGCAGAUCGUGCGGUACAAGACCAAGUCCGGCGAGAUCAAGACCGUCACCAAGGCCGAGCUGCAGGAGCAGAUGGAGAGCGCCGAGAAGCUCAUGGCCUCGGUCAACGAGACGUGGGAGGACAAGCUGCGCAAGACGCAGGAGAUCCAGGUCGAGCGCGAGCGGGCGCUCGAGGAGCUCGGCAUCAGCGUGGAGAAGGGCAACGUCGGCGUGCACACGCCAAAGAAGCUGCCACAUCUGGUCAACCUCAACGAAGACCCGCUCAUGUCCGAGUGUCUCGUCUACCAGCUGCGGCACGGCAUCACCACCGUCGGCAACUCGGAGAGCGAGCACGAAGGCGACGGCCCGGCGAUCCGUCUCAGCGGCAGCAACAUUCUGCCGCAACAUUGCCAGUUCGACUUCACGCCCGACGGCACCGUGCUCAUCCUCAACAGCGGCGGCGGCAUGACGAUGGUCAAUGGCAAGCGUGUCGCGCCCGACGAGCCGCGACGGCUGCGCAGCGGCUACCGCGUGAUCCUGGGCGACUUUCACGUCUUUCGCUUCAACCACCCGGAAGAGGUGCGGCGCGCCCGCGAGCGCGUCAAGUCGACGCUCGCCCUCUCCACCGGCGAGGAGCUCAACGAGACGACGACGGGCUCGCCCGGCGGCACGCGGCCCGACUCGCCCAUGUCCAAUGCCGACGACGGCGGCGACGUCGACUGGACGUACGCGCGGCGCGAGGCGGCACUCGCGCGGCUCAAGGGUCACGACGCGGCGUUUGACAACCUUGAGCCGCAGGAGCUGGACAAGCUCUUCGAGGACAUCUCGCGCGCGCGAAGCAAGCGGGCGGGAAGCAACCUGCUGCGUCCCGACAGCCGCCUGAGCUCGAUCGACGACGGCAUGAGCGAGUCGGCGGCCAGCUCGCGCGUGCAUCCCUACUCGCUCAGCACGUACACCGACGACACGAGCAUCGACCCGUGGAGCCACGGCGGCGCCGGAAGCGAGUGGGGCUCGCGCGCCCGCGAGCCGUCGGCGCCCGCCACGCCGGAUCCAGACGUCACCGUCGACGGCCAGACGCAGGAGCGCAUGCUGCGCCUCAAGGUCAAGGAGUACGAGGAGCAGCUGUCGCGCCUGACCGCCGCUGAUCCCGACGCGCCUGUCGUGUACACGCCCGAGCAGCGCGAGCUGCUGGCGCGCGUGCUGAUCAAGUGGCGCGGGCGCACCAAGGUGUCGAUGGCCGAGGACGUGCUGGCAAACGCCGUGCUGCUCAAGGAGGCCAACGUGAUCAGCCGCGAGCUGGGCAAGCAGACGUCGCUGCAGUUCUGCGUCGUCGAUGCGGCGCCGCUGGGGCAUCCGUCGUCGAGCAUCGAGGCGAUUGCCGGGCUUGACGAAGUCGACGACGUGGCCGACCCGGCGCUGGCGAACGCGCCCAAACCGUGCAUCGCCGUACGCGUCGCCGACCACCUACAUGCCGCCACGUACGUCUGGUCGCUGCCGAAGCUCGAGGCGCGCCUGGCCAAGAUGCGCAACCUGUACAGCUUCAUCGACCGGCCCGAGUACUCGCAGCACUUCAACUGGGCCGAUCCGUUCUACGAGGUGCCGGCGCCGGCAUACAGCUUCGUCGCCUGUGCCCUCGUGCCGCUGUGUCCCCUCGCACGCCGCGUCUCGAGCAAGUUCCGCGUGCCCAUCGUCGCGCGCCACACAGGCGUCGAGCUGGGCACCUGCAGCGUCGAGGUCAAGUUUGUCAGCCUCUCGGCGAGCCCGAGCAAGCGGGCCAAUGGGUCGAAUGGCUCCGCAUCGCCGGUGUUCGCUAGCGACGGCGAGCUGCCGGCCGGGCACAAGUUCGGCCUCCAGGUCACGGUCGACGCUGUGGAGGGGCUGCGAGCAGAGCACUUUUCGCGCGUGCACGUGCAGCUGCGCCUCAGUGCCGUGGCGGGGCCAACACUCGAGGCCGACGAGGUGUACGCCUCGGUGCCCGCCGAUCUGGCAGCGAACGAAGCGGUCAAGCUGCGGCGCACGCUCAGCUUCCUCCUGACGCCCGCGAUUGCCGAACAUCUGCGCAGCGGCGUGGCGCCAAUUGAGUUUCACGCGCGCGUCACGGAGGCCUACCUGCAAACGCUCGAGGCGCACGAUGCGGCAAAGGAGGCGAAGCGACCCAUCGGACGUGCACCAGACGCCGCGGCAGGCCAGCUCUCCCACAAGUCGCCAGCAGCCGGGCGCCUCGCCGAGACGGAGAUGGUCAGUGAGCAGCGCCACGACGUGCUGGCGUUUGUGCAGCUCUGCGAGCUCGACGACCGCGGCGAGUACGAGGCAGUUCAGGUGCGCGCCCAGUCUGCCCUCGACCCGGGCGCCUUCCACCUGCGGCAGGGCGUGCAGCGCAAGCUCGUCCUGACGCUGGCGUCCGAUUCGGGGCGGCAAUUUGCCUGGACGCGCGUGACGUCAGUCGAGCUGAGCCAGGUCCGACUGCUCGACGCCAAGGGCCGCGUGCACGUCUCGACGCUCGGCGAGCCCGUCUCGUUGCAGGUGCCACUCAAGCAGCAGACCGUCGAGUUCCGGCCCAACGGCACGAGCGAGCUGCGCGUGUGGGCAUGGUGGGACAGCGGCGUGCACGACUCGCUCUUCCUCAACCGGCCGACGCCCAGCGGACAGCGCGUGCUGCUGCGCCUGGCGUUCACGGUUGACGUCGAGUCGUGCGCCGCGCCGGCGGAGUUCAGCAUGGACGUCGCCGUGAGCAUUGGCGGGCGCGAUGCCAAGCCGCAAGGGCGCCUGCUGAGCAUGGUCAGCGCCGCGGCGACGGGCGCGCGCGUGCUCAGCAAGACGAGUGCACUCUUUGCGGUGCGCCUCGUCCCGCCGCCGGCAAGGCGCACGCGCGAGCUCUGGCGCCUCGACACGGCGGCCAAGUACGUGCGCGGCGAGGAGGCGCUGCACGGUGCUUGGCGCCCGCGGGGCGUCAGCCUUGUCCUCGAGCACACCGCGUUGAUGCGCCGCGAGCGUCGUCGCGCCGAAGUCGAAGGCGUGCGUGCACUGCUUGCCGCUCGUCCGCCGCUGGCCCUCUCCAGCGCGCCGACGGACGGCGAGCGCGAUGCGACGGAGCUGCUGAGACGCAGCGUGGCUUGCUGGACGGCCGCUUGCCGCGAGGCGCGUCUCUCUGUGCUCGCGCAGGACACCGGCACCGAGGUCGACACCAGCAGCGACACAAACGGCUCCGGCCUUUCCUCCGGCCUCGCCUCUCCCGCCAUGCCGCGUUCGCCGCAGCCGGGCAACGUGGCGCUCCCGGCGCCGCCGCCGCCCGAGAAGCUGACGGCCGAGGUGAGCCUCGUGCCGCGCAGCGAUGCGGCGGCCAAGCGCGGCUGGCUCGCCAUGCCGGCCGAGCCGCACUCGGAGCGCUGGGUGCGCCGCUGGUUCGUGCUGCGGCGCCCAUACCUCUACGUGUACGAGUCGAGUGCGGAGCUCGACGAGCUGAUGGCGAUGCAUCUGGGUGCCGUGCGCGUCGAGCAUGACGUGCACAUCGAGCAGAUGCUGCAGCGCCCGCACGUCUUUGGCCUGUACACGGCCGCCAACUCGUACUUCCUGCAGGCGCCGACGGAGCGCGAGCUGGACGCGUGGAUGCGCGCGCUCGACAGCUUCCACACGGCGCGCCGCUGAUCCUUGUAUACCCCUUUGCGCCGGCAAUGCAGCGAUGCGCGGCCGUGUGGAGCCCACACAUGAAGCGUGUGUGUGUGCUGGCCCGGCGUGCGAGACGAGCCCGGAGGCGUUCUGUUGCGCGCGCUCGCCGACGACGACGCGGCUGCUCCCACGCCUGCUGCGCCCUCCACAUCAUCUGCGCAGCGUCGCAGUCAGGCACAGCCACCGUCACCCCCAGCCGCCGGCACGCGCCUCUCGGCCGCAAGCAAGCCACCGCUUACUCUGCAUGCCGCCCCUGUGCCGCCCCUGACGCGCUGCUGCGCUCAGCAGCCCCUUUGCUGACGCUGCGUGGCCUCGGGCGCUGCUCCGCCGAUCAGCGGCGUGUGCUUGCGCCGCGCUGCCAACGCCGGAGCCGGAGUCGGCCUGCCU